GUAAUGCAAUAUUAAGAAAAAUAAUAUGUUAUACAUGUUUAAAAAAUAUUAAUAAUUUUUAACAAUUAUUUUAUGUUCAUUACUUAUCUAUGACUUUGAAGUAAAAAUCAAUUAUCAGCAAAAACCGCUAUAAUACUUGCUUACUUAAACCACAUCUGUCGCAAAUCAAAAUAUAAGCAGAAUAUUUUGAAAAUAUGAGAUUACAAAAAUUAUAUUUUCUGAGGAUAAAGAAUUGCAAAUUUAUUACUGAUUAACUAUAAUAUUCUUGUUGCGUGAUAACAGCACAUAAAUAAUAUGGUUGAUCAAAGUAUUAUUGGUCUAUGCUUCUUCGUCUGUCUGGCAGUAGUUUUUAACUGUUCAUUACAUCGUAUAGAUGAAGGUCAUGUUGGUGUAUAUUUUAGGGGAGGUGCAUUAUUGCCUCAAGUAAGUAAUCCUGGAUUUCAUAUGAUGAUUCCUUUCUUAACAAAAUAUCGAUCAGUUCAAGUUACAUUACAAACAGAUGAAGUAAAAAAUGUACCUUGCGGUACCAGCGGUGGUGUGAUGAUAUAUUUUGACCGCAUAGAAGUUGUAAAUAUAUUAGAUGCAAACAGUGUUUAUAACAUCGUAAGGAAUUUUACGGCAGACUAUGACCAAACAUUAAUAUUUAACAAAAUACAUCAUGAAUUGAAUCAAUUUUGUUCUGUACAUACUUUGCACGAAGUAUACAUAGACUUGUUUGAUCAAAUAGAUGAAAAUUUAAAAACUGCUCUACAGAAAGAUUUAAAUGAUUUAGCACCUGGUUUAAGUAUUCAUGCUGUUCGGGUUACAAAACCUAAAAUACCAGAAACUAUUAGAAAAAAUUAUGAGUUAAUGGAGGGUGAGAAAACAAAAUUAUUGAUAGCUACACAACAUCAGAAAGUAGUAGAAAAAGAUGCAGAAACUGACCGGAAGAAAGCUAUUAUUGAAGCUGAAAAACAGGCAAUAGUUUCAAAAAUUCAAUACAAUCAGAACAUUAUGGAAAAAGAAUCUCUUCAAAAAAUAGUUGAAAUCGAAAAUGCAAUACAUUUGUCACAACAAAAGAGUCUUUCUGACGCUGAAUACUAUAAACUGAAAAUGCAAGCAGAAGCAAAUAAACGUCUCUUUACACCAGAGUACCUAGAAUUAAAAAAAUAUGAAGGAUUAGCACAAAAUUCCAAAGUUUAUUUCGUUCAAGAUACACCAAAAAUGUUUGUGUAUGAAAAUAAUUUAAAAGAUCCUAUAGUUCAUUCCAGCUUAGAUACAAAAGAAACAUAACUGUACAAUUGCAUAACUACACUUCUUCUUAUUAACAAUAAAUUAUGAUAUACUAAGUGUUAAUUAAUACUGUUUAUCGUUUUUAAAAAUACAGCGAUACAGGAAAUUUAGGUCGUUUUUGUGAGAGUGACAAUUACAUUUUUGAUAACUUUGUAUUUAAAAGAAUAAACUAUAAUUUAUGCAUAUCUAAUAUCUCUUGAUGAUAUUUUAUUACAUUAAGAAAAUUUUUCUGAUAAAAAUAUUGUCUCUCAGUGUUAUAUUAAAUAAAUACUUUUAAAACAA